UGAGGCACUUCGAUGUGAAGUUUCGGAACACAUUGCCGUACACAAAGUUCACAAAUCACAAAGCAGAAAACCUGUUUAAUUCCCGCGCGAUUUCUUAUGUGGGAGGCAGUAUCGUGUUAUUUAUCAAACCAUUCAACAAUAUAAAGUAAAUAUUUUCAAAGUUUCGUCGGUAUCUCACGUGCGACAAUUUUUCAAUGAUAUGAGCUAACUAUCAAUUUUCAAAAUUUUUUAUUGCUUAUUCAACUUGAUGUCAAUUUAAGAGGUUAUAGUAUUGCGAGCAGUCAGUAAUGACUUGCCUCGUUAGCAUUUACACUUCUACAAGACCGGGGAUCGUUUGACUGACGACAAUUAGAGGAAUCUUACAAUGAAAGUUAUGGAAGUCUCUAUCGAAGAGAAGGAUUGCACUAACGAAAUAGUGACACCUCCGAGAAAAAAAAUGAAGCAAGCUCAGCUGCCAUUUCAAAUGGUCAGUUCAUUGGGGUCGCCCAAUACAAUGGCAAACAAAAAGAGGAAGCUAGAAUCACCAUCACCAGUGGAAAACAAAAGUUCUAGGACUGGGAAGAUGGCUAAGAAACAAAAUGUGGCUAAAAGGGCCAAGAGUAGUGAAGUUGAAAUUAUCGAAGUGGAUUUGUCGGAUGCGGAAAAUGUGGAUGAUGGAGGAAAUGCUAAGACGUUAGUGGAAUUUAAAGAAGAAGGUACGGCCAAGCGUGCUGAAAAAAUUUCAAUUGAUAGUGAAAUUGAUGUCAAAAAACGCAAGGAUUAUGGUUCGUUAAAUAGGUUUUUAAAAAAAGCUCAGAGUAAAGAAUCAAAGGAUGAUCUCCAGCUUUUAGCAAUGAGUGAUUAUGAAAGUGGCAGCAGCAAAGACAGCGAUACUUCAUUGAAAGUAAAAUUAGACUUACAACCAUCAAAGGAAGUUCUAGAGCAAAGCUCUAAGAAAAUCGUUGAACAAAGUUCGGAAAGAACUAUGGAACAAAUUUCAGAAUCUAAAAAUUGUACGGAUCAGAUCAAAGAGAAUAAUAGUGCCGCCUCGACAAACAUUACAGAAUCUCAGAUUAAUAUUGAAUCACCUGACAAUACUGAGCAGAACAUCACCAGUGAGGAGGAGAAACUCCUUUCCGAAGGGAUGAAAAAUUCAGACACUGAUUCAACCUCUCUUCAAAAGGAUAGCACACAUUCUGAUAACACUAAUGCUAAGAAUGAUGAAUCGGAUUCUGAUACUGGUGGUUCAUCAUCGGACGAAGAUGCCGACGACGACCCAGAUAAGUCUAGUAAUGAGAAUACAGACAAGGAUAAAACAUUAGAAGAAAAUGAUGGAAGCAAAACACCUAGAAGUGACAAAUCGGGUUUAUUUAAAAACAGAAAAUUAACUCCAAAACAAAUUGAAAGACGACUUCAGAGUGCCAAGAAACGCGAAGAAAAGCAACGGUUGAAAAUGGAAAAAGAGAAGAAGCGGGAAGAGCAGCGUGAGAAUCGUAGGAAAGAGAAGGAAGAAAAGAGGAAGGAGAGGGAAGAGAAGGAGAAACUCGAGAAAGAACAAAAGCGAAAAGAAAAAGAAAUGAAGGAGUUGAAAAAGCAAAUUGAAAAUGAGCAAAGGCAGAAAGAGAAGGAGGCAAAGGAGGAGGAGCGUCGAAAGAAAGAAGAAGAGGCUGAGCGUAAAAAACAAAAGGCUGCAUCUACUUUUGCAAACUUCUUUGUUCCGAAAAAGCAGGAAACAAAAGCUCUCGAAGAAGACGGUGUGGUUAAAGACCAAAAUUUCAUGCCAUUUGAAGUCAAAGUAGACAUGAAGGUGGCUCCGAUAACUAGGCGGAAUCUUAAUAAUGAAACAAAAUUAACUUUCGAUGGAUUAUUCAACAAAGGAGUCUUGCAAAACGAAUUAUAUCUCAAUCAGCUAAAACGAAAUCGCAAUGUUAUUGGUAGAUCCGGAAGAACUUGGCCAUGUGAGAUCAAAGAUGAUAUCGUUAUUAUUGAUGAAGAAGACAGUUCCUCCGAUGCGGUGGACCAAGGGGAUGCCGCAGUGGUAGAAAAGCAUCAUCCCAAGCUCUUCAUGUUCGCUGAGAAUCGUCGACCGCCUUUUUGGGGAACGUGGAGAAAGAAAAGUGUGCAUAUAAAGCCACGGAGACCAUUUGCUAAAGAUCCGAAAUGGUUUGACUACGACGUCGAUUCCGACGACGAAUGGGAGGAAGAGGAACCCGGUGAAUCCCUCCGAGGGUCGGACGAUGAGCGUGAGGAAGAAGGACCCGAAGAAAAUGAAUACGAUGUCGACAAUGAAUUCAUGGUACCCCACGGAUAUCUCUCGGAUGAAGAGGCCAAAGCGGACGAAGAGGACGGUGAGGAUAUGUCGCCGGAGACUCAAAAAUUAAAAUUGAAGCUACUAGGCGAACAGUUUGAGGCUGAGAGAAAAACUAAAACGUCCAAAAUCAAGCCCAAGGUCAUUGGAUGUGUUUGGCAAGGAUCGGUUAACGCUUUUCCAGAAAAUGUUACACCGCACGUGAUAGAAAUUCUUAUGGCUCGGCAGGCGUGGGUACGCGAAAUUCCAGUGACAUUAAGCGCGCUGCAUACUUCGGAAAGUCUAGCUCCGAGUAUGGCAGACCGUCAGAGUCCAACACUACAGACGACUGGGCCGAAGAAGAAGAAAGUGCCGGAGGAGGCGAUACCAAACCUGAUACGUUUGGUGCACGGCAACACGAACGGGAGGAUAUUCUUAAUGAAAGAAUUCAUGGCGUUUUGGGAGAAGAACAAGACCGGGGAUAGGCAAAUAUCGAAACUGAGUUUUUCUCAAAAAUUGCGAGAAAUCGCCAGUUGGAUCGCGUGUCCUGAGGAGGGACCGAUGCACACGCGCUCUUGCUGGUACGUUCGCGAAGAUAUUCGUAAGAAGUACGAUUGUCUUGACGUGACGUUACCGAAUCGAUGGGAGUACACUUUGCGACCCGCCCGGCGGAGCGAAGUUCCCGAUAUUGAAAAGACGGAGAAAGUCGACAAGGAGAAGAAAAGAAUACCACUGAUUACCCAAUUCACCAAGAAGAUCACCCAGGAGGAGAUGCAGAAGCAGCUAGUUAGCAAGUCGACUUCUUCUCAAAGCAAACCUCCCAAGAGAGCUGCCUUGAUAUCAUUGCCAAGAGAUGAGCAGUUUCUAAAAUCGUCGAGAAACAAUUUGCUCUCAAAGUUUGUAACUUGCGGUGAUUCUUCGAAGACCGUAGAAUGUCAAGAGAACAAAGCUGACGGCGAUCGAGAAGUUUUAAUUCUAGACCGGAACGAAACUAAAUGUCAAGAGGUAAAUGUUCAAAUCGCAGACGUUGUUCAGAAGUCUGCUGCAGAAACCGAGCAGACAUCCACAGACCCCGAAAUUGCCGAGAAUUCGGAGGCUUCUGACCGUGUAAAAAUGAAUACAAGUCAAGCCCCGAACUUGCAAAACAAGGACGAAGAGGUAAUUGAAGCGAAGAACAAGAGUCCUGUGCCAGAGUCGAUGGACAUCGUAGAAAACGGCAUAGUUGUAUUAGAUUAGGCUUAUUCGGUAACGAACUUUGCUUACACUGCCCAAAGUCUGACCCCUCGCGUCUCGGUGUUCAGUACUAACAGUAUAUUACGAGUAACGAAUUCCAGUGCCUUUUUAUCGUCGGCUGUGACUCGCUCGCGGCCAUUUUUUUCAAUUGAUUUUAUUUUUGUGCGUCUAUUAAGCUUACAUACACACCGCAUACGUAUGACAUAUUAAAGUACCUAUUAUCGAAGUUAAAUUUAUACACGUAUUGAAAAAAUGAAUUAAUAAAAGAUAUAUCGGAAAUUACUAAGAAAACAGUUUUUCGUGUGGAAAUCGUACACUUCAGGAGCCGUUUUUACGUGGUUUCUCUUUUACUGUUUACGAAAGUAAGCCGAUACUAGUUUUUUAUGAAAACCCUCUAGAAAAUAUCUUCUAGAAAUGUUGAGCUAUUGAUAAAAAUUUUUCAUAGUCCGACCUAAUCAUACUAUUCGAGUUUUUUUAUCCCGUGUGCUUUGGGUAAUGUAUUAGAAUCUGAGCUAACGUUUGAACGAUUACGAUUUCCAAUUUGGCAGUAUAAUCGAAUGAUCAUCGAGACCUGUUAUUUACAAUUCAUGAGUUCACUUUCGGUCGGUAAACGGAAAAUGGAAUUAUAGGGGCAGGGGGGGGGGGGGGGGUAAGAGAUAUAGAAGAGAGGCAAAUGAAUGAUCCUUGGCAUGCAAUAUGUUAUAUAGAUUUAUGUCAAAGUAAAUUUCAGAAUUUAAGAAAUAAAUUUUUGGCUAAGUCGUAAUGAAAAAUUGGCUCUCCGUGAGCACACUUUCAUUCCAUUUAUGUUUCCGAUCGAUCACAUGUAUCACUGCUUUAUAUUAUUACUAUACUCGUUCACAAACACAUAAUAUUCCAUACGCAUUUUGUAUUUGUAAAUCUAUUUUUCACCAUUUUAUUUUUACGGAUUUUUUUUUUGUCAUAAU